AUAGUACACUUGCAAGAUAGGAAAGUAGCGAUGGCGAUAGCGGCGAUGAGAAUAUUCAGGAUAAUGGAGUAGGUAAGAUACGAAUGAGGGGUUGGUUAAAAAGGGGUAGGUCUAGUUCCGUUCUUUUAAACCUUCCAAGACUCAUCACAUUCAUCGUUCUACUUCCCGAUCAUUCUCCCCACCUCAGAUCUUUAUUCCUCGAGCUUCACAAAACAAUUCCUACCUUCACAAUGGCCCCAAGUGUAAUAGGCUCUCUUAAGAGAAAUGCGGACGAGCUCAACGGGCACUCGCCAAUCAAAAAGGAUAGCAGCAUCAACCGGGCCUUCUCAAUUCCAAAAGCCAAUGAGUCGGUCAGUUUGCCUGUCUUCAACAGUCUCAACAUCGAAGCUCUGCCAGUUGAUACUGUCUCAAAAUUCUUCAUAACCAUAGCUCCAGGUGUACUUAGCACAAUCGAUGUCCCAGUGUAUGCCUACCGAUCUAGCAAACCAGGCCCAGUAGUUGGCAUAACAUGUGCCAUCCACGGAAAUGAAGUAAACGGCAUUCCAGUCAUCCAACGGCUAUUCUCUAGCAUCGAACGCGGAACAACUCAUAAACACCGCAGCACCCACGAAACAUUGGAAGAUGGACAAGAGAGUCUGAGAGUCGAUUGCGGAACCAUAAUUGGCAUACCCGUUGUCAAUGUUCCCGGCUUUGUUGCUUCCAUGCGCUGCUUUGACGAAGAGUCGAAGCAAGAUCUAAACAGGCUUAUGCCAGGCAAAAUUGAUGGCGCCGCUCCUCAACAAUACGCAUACCGGAUCUUCCACAAUAUCGUCACCAAGUUCGACUACCUGAUGGACCUUCACACUGCAUCUCUAGGGCGGCGGAACAGCCUGUACGUGCGUGCUGACAUGAACGAUCCCGUUAUUGCGAAAUUGGCAACGUUGAUGAAGCCGCAAGUCCUUGUGCAUGUUGCUACCAAGGGAUCGUUACGAGGUUGUGCACAGGCAAUUGGUGUCAAAGCACUUACAGUUGAGAUCGGCAACGCAAGUUCUUUCCAAAAACCAUUCAUCCAAGAUACCUACGCUGGAAUAUGCAGAGUCAUCUCCGAUAUAGGAUUAUUCUCUGCAUCCGGAAUUCCAGACGGAACCCUAGACCAAGCGACAAGCCUGGGUGUAAAAGAGUCCGUUGUCUGCUCUCGAAGCUACUGGAUUUUUACUAAAACAGGGGGGAUUUUGCGGGUUUUUAAAGAUAUCGCCGAACUCGUCCAGCCUGGCGAGCUCAUCGCGCAAGUUGAGUCCAUAUUCGGCGAUGUGAUCGAGGAGGUUCAUGCGCCAACAGACUACCUAACGAUCGUUGUGGGCUUAGAGGCAAAUCCGAUCGCCAGGGGAGGGAAUCGCAUUGUACAUCUUGGUGUCGUAGGGAGUAACUUUGGGGAAGUCGCAAAUGAUGGGCAUUUAUAAAAUAACAACGCCGCUAAAAAAUAAUUAAUACCUUUUCGCAAUAAUAAAGUUCAUAUAUACAUAUAGAUAGUAGCUAAAUAAAUAAAAUAUAAUUAAAAC